UCUGGCCAAGAAGGAGCAUAUCCACCACAAUAGCGACAGAGAUCACUAGAUCAGAUAAUGACCACCAGUAAUCUCUUAACCUUUUGAAUAUAUUGCACAACAGGUGGUUCAUAAUUCACAAAAUUGUUGUCAAACAAGGAAAAGAAGAGUGGAAGAAUUGGCUUCUGCAACACUGAAAAUCUCACAUUUUUUCUGGGUUUGAAAACUCUCUAUCUCUGAAAAUGGGUGCUGGAAUAAUUCUAACAACAACCCACUUGAAUUUUCCUUCAAUUACUGAUUUCACCCACAUCUCCAAACUAAAUAAUCCCCUUAAUGCAAGAAGAAGAAUUGGGAUUCAAUGUUCAUCAUCAACUCCUGAUCUCUCUAUAAUUACUGAAAAUAAUGGGGAUGUUAUGUCUCUUACUGGUGGUGCGUUGGAUUUUCGGAAAGCAACGACCUCUCUUUCUCCUCAUCGACUAUCUUCGCCAAAGAAGAUAACUAUUGUCAGACAUGGCCUUAGCUCCUGGAAUGCUGAAAGUAGGGUUCAGGGAAGUUCAGACUUAUCUGUCCUGACAGAUGCAGGAGCAAAGCAAGCUGAAAGAUGUAGGGAAGCAUUAGCAAAUAUACAUUUUGAUAGAUGUUUCUCAAGUCCAAUUUCACGUGCUAAGUCUACUGCUGAAAUUUUGUGGCAAGGAAAAAAAGAACCAUUAAUUUUCCUUGAUUCUUUGAAGGAGGCUCAUCUGUUUUUCCUGGAAGGCAUGAGAAAUGAGGAUGCUAAGCAGAGAUUUCCAAAGGAAUACACUACAUGGAGAGAAGAUCCAAUCAACUUCAACGUGAAUGGUAACUAUCCUAUAAGGGACUUGUGGGGGACAGCAGCUGAAGCAUGGAGAGAAAUCUUGUCAAAUCCUGGGGAGAAUUUUUUGGUAAUUACUCACAAAUCAAAACUGAGGGCACUCGUCUGUACAGCUCUAGGGCUAGGCCCCGAAAGAUUUCGUGCAAUUGAUGUAAACAAUGGUGGCAUCUGUGUUUUUAACUUCAACAAAAGGGGAGAAGCCAUGCUUCAAUCCCUGAACAUGACUGCUCACAUGUACACUGAUCACACUUACAUGUACUGAAUCUUAUUGCAACUCCCUGGAUGGGAGUUCAUGAAAGUAUUAUCCAAUCAUAGACAGAUCUUUUCUAAUUCCUCGGCUGCGACAGCCGGUGAAGCAUUGAUUUCAUUCUUCUGGAUGUAUUGCUUGAAUUGUUUGUAUAAUAUGCUAUAACUUGGUUUUAAGGAUCUCAAUUCUUGCUGCUUGUAUAUGCUGGGGGUUUAGCAUCUGAAUAUCUGAUAUAGUACUGUAGUAGUAUAUACUUCAGUUUGGUUGUAAUAAUUUAUUUAGUUUUCAUUAGUUUAUAUGCUGGAAUCCUGCCGAAGUUGUUUUUGUAUCAGAGUGACAAACCUCUUUAUUUUUAUAUACCAAGCUGGUAAUUCGAUGUGGUAAU